GGCCCCCGCCGAGAACCUCACACGACGAGCACUCAAGAGACCCAAGCAAGAAUGUGAAUCUCCAACCUCGAAUCCACUAACUGCACACCCUCUGAUCUCUACCAUGGACGAGCAUAACUUGAAACGCUUCGCACGGUACGGUGGCCCUGAUCUUACUGAUAUCCGAGGAGUAAGUAUCCUUACCAUACACCGGCUUGGAAUCAUGCCCUCUAACAAUGAGUUGAAUAGUACUGUUCGCCGACGAAUACGAAGAGUGAGUCUGUUUAUGGAACAACUGGGUCACAAGAUCAGGGAGACCCUGAGCCGAUAUAUCGUCCUGACGGACAAUGUUCAUAUGUUGGUACUACAAACCUUUAAUGGGCAAGCCUUCACGCUUCGAUUGGCAUGUCAUUUGACAGUAUAUCAUGGAAUGUCCUGCAAUUGGGCAAUGUAGUAUAGUAUAAUAUCAUCUAUACGAAGAUAUCGCUUACAGACCAGAAGCUACUCUAGUCAUCUAGCAGCUAGAAGUAUGUUACUAGAUUUAGCAUCUAUUCAGUGAUCAAAUCAUCGGACGGGAGUCAUGCGGAUAGAUCUCGCCAAACCCAUAGCUCUAUCUGAAGGGUCUGAUUAAAAACAUAUGACAACAUUUGUUUAUCUUUGCGUAGAGGAAGGUUGUGGCUUUUCCAAACCGAUGGCCUGGUUUCAAGAGUGAAAGUUCAUGCUCCUCGUUUCUUAUGCUCUUUUAAAAUUCAGAAACCAUUGAGGAAGAAAAGGAUCCGUCAGCAAACUGCAUUAUCAUCUGGAAAGCAGCACAUGCUAUCCUAUUAUAAAAUUCUUCAGUGAUGCCUACCUGACCAC